AUGAGAUUGUUUGAAGACAGCAUGUGGGUUCCAGUAAAGAUGGAGUUCGAGCUGGGAGAGCAGACAAAGCAUCGCCUCGAGGAAAUGGGCGCCCGCUGUGUGGGGGAAACCUUAGACGUACAGUACUACUACGAUACUGACAGCUUCCAACUGGCUUCUACACAGACCUGGUUGAAUCAGCAAAACGGCCAAUGGGGAAUAAUCCUGGCAGAAAAACAAGAGCUUAAUCACGCUCAAUCAUUAAACCAAGCUGGACAUUCUGAAGAAAAUAAAAGCAAAAAACUCAACUCAUUGCAUGAAGCAAAAUCAGAAACAGGUGCUGCCUUUGGAGAAACAUCUAGUAAUGGGUGUUGCGAGAAGAUCUUAGAUACAUCUCUGACAUACACAGAACUGAGUGACCCAUGAUCUAUCAUGAUGCAUUACUCAAAGUGUCUCCAAAUCCAUCUGACGCACACUGAAUUAAAAAGUACGACUGUGAAGAACUUCCUGAACUUGGCCCGGAUCCAGAUGUUUGACAGCUGGACCAGGACCAGUACAGUGAAGUGCUCUUUGCCUGGUGGCUUCUCGCUGGCGGUGGAGAAAAACUACAGAAUUCCCACUGAAACUGCUUCUGCAUUUUUGAUGAUGAAUGCUGAUGUUCUGAGCAUAAGCAGUGAGCUGGAAAAGAUGGAUCGGCUGUGCAAAGACCUGGGUCUAAAACCAAAAGACAAGCUCAGAUGA